CUCACAAACAGUUUGACAGACUUGAGAUGACACUCAUGUGAGGACGUCUCACCAACAAACGUCACGGCACAUAAAUGCACAUUUGUACUCAAAAAACUUCAACAAAACCACCCAGAAGCACCGGACCGACACUCGUAUCUACACACCCGCCCUCACUGCUGCUUCUUGCUCUCAGCUGGGGUCUGUUGUUCCUCUGCCACAUCGCCCUUCUGCGCUUCACUGGCCGCCUUCUUGCGCUCGGUGAGUUCGAUCUCGUUCUUGGCCGGGGCGCUUGGCUUCGGCAGUGCCGACUGAGGGGGCGGGGGCUUCUCCUCAUGACCGCCCUCCUCAAGUUUCUCGAUCUCGUGCCAGAAGUAGCUGAAUGUGGAUGCGAUGCGCCAAAUGAUCAUCCACAAGGUGCCUGCAGGCAGACAAGUGCAACACCUGGAUAUAAGGGAGCAUGUGUGUGUCCUUCAGCGUGCGGCGUGCGCACAUGCGAAAAGGCAGAUCCACCAGUUCCUCUCAAUCCGCCAUUCCUUGCCUCUGUACCUGUCAUCGAACUCGACAGGCAGACCUGACACACAACACACACACGCACGCACACACGCAUGAACAUGGAAAGAGCGGCCAUGCACGUCGGGCUCACCCGCCCUCCCGUACAUCUGGUCCUUGCUCCUAUCCUGGAUCUUCGACAACGCAUACGAGCGCGCGGCAAAGCUUAAGAUCGUCACGAAGAGCUGCAUGUAGCCACAACAGGACGCACAGACAAACAGACACCAGAAGGAUGAAUAGCAAGAUCCGUGUGUGGUGCCGCUUACAAAGAAGUGGAUGACGGAAAAACGGAAGCCUCCGAUGGACAUCGACACGUGCCCGAGCCAGACCGCCAUCCUCUGCAGUCGGCGGAUGCCACACAACAGCAGUACCAAAAUGACACCGCCGAUGGGAAGAACGAAGUACGCCUCAAACUUCAUCUGGCCUGAUCUCCCUGCCUGCCUCCCUGCCUCGAUUCUUCUCUCUCUUCCGCCUCCAACGACUUCC